AUGCCACAGGAACAGAAGGUUCUAAACUUGCACGAUGUCUGGCGUACUUGUAAUAAGAUACGAGCCACCGUGUUUCGCAUCGGACUUGAUCUUUGGGAGUAUUACAAGCCUUUGGAUCCUAACAAACGUUGUUUGAUAUCAGAGUCCAAAUUUAUCUCCGUUUUGACUGGACCGUUAAAAGGGGUGAUUGGCUUAUCGGAUAGAGAAAUAUGCGAUUUGGCGGAUUAUUUUCGAAUUCAGGACGGUCGAAUUCUUUAUUCACAGUUCUGUGAAGUUAUUCACGAUAGUGUUCCUGAUUUCGGAAAAAACAAGACUUUGGUGACCGGUUUAGAAUGGGAGGAUCCGCUGCAUAUAAAUGUUCUGAGCGGUACGGAAACGCGAAAAUUAAAUUUGGUUAUCACUCAGAUCGCCAUAUUGGUGAGCAAAAGAAAAAUUGAUCUUUGGCCAUAUUUUCAAGAUUACGAGCUGAUUGCGAAGAACGUCGGCACAGUCACUCUCGCCCAUUUUGGUCGAAUUUUAAAAUUUCUGGGCAUCGUCCUUGGCGCCGAGGAGUUUCGCCUACUCGUAAAGAGAUUUGCCAAAAAUGCUUAUACUGUAAAUUAUGUAGCGUUUAUGAAGUCUGUUGAUGAAGUUCAACGUUAUUUAGAGGAAUAUGGAAUGGUGGAUCUCAGCGGGGAGUUGCUCGAUCAAUUUCCCGGUCGAAUAAUUACGGCCGAGCUGCCGAAACUCCCACGACCGGAAAUUGGUAAGAUCAUACCUAGUCAAGUCUUCGAUAAGCAAACGGUGUUCCAUCCGGUGAUGGAACAGACGAGGGAGGCGAUGCCUGCGCUAGAAGUCAUAAAACGCAUCCAGAGGCAUAUUCUCGAGCGUCGCAUACGAAUCCAUGAGUUCUUCAAGGGUUUCGAAUAUUUGAAUGUCGGUCGAGUGACCAUCUCAGAAUUUCGGAGAUCGCUGGACGCGCUUCAGAUUUCGUCUUUGGGCCAUCUGUGGCUGAUUGAACCAGAAAUUGAUGCCUUAAUCGAGCUUUACAAGGAUCCAGAUGAUCCCGAUCGCAUAUGUUGGCGCAUAUUCCAGGAUGAUAUAGAUGAGGUUUUCACCGUGAAAGGACUUGAUAAAUUGCCAAAUCUAAAAGUGGAAUCACCACCUCAAGAAAUAGUUGAAUUACCUCGAAAGGGUACGUCGAAUUGGCAAUGCCAGCCGAAAAAUAUAAGAGAUUUUUGUGAAGAUAUUUUGCAGAGAGUAAAGCAGCGAGUCGAAGAAAGGAGAAUUCUCUUGAAGCAAUUUUUCAAGGAUUACGACAAGCACAAUUGCGGUCACGUAACGCGAACACAAUUCAGACAAGUCCUUACCACAGUGACGAUACUCUUGUCUCCGGAGGAAGUGUUUGCUCUGGAAAAAAGAUACAACGACGAUAUGGGUUUUAACUACACUCGAUUUCUACAGGAAAUAGAACUUCAGCCAAUCGUGGAGCCUUUAUAUUAUAGCAUGUUGGAGGACAAGAAGAGACUUAACGCUGAAAGACCACCAUUUGAACCUCACGAGGAUGAGACCAACGUUGUAUUGAUUUUGGCUAAAAUUAAAGCUAAAGUUGUGCGCGAAAGAAUUAAAGUUCUUGAAUUCAUGCGUCAAUUUGAUAGGCACAACCAGUUUGUCAUUUCAAAGAUCGAUUUUAUUAGAGGUCUAGAUCAGCUUCGUUGCGGUUUGACAAUUGCGGAAAUAGACACGAUUACAAAACUUUUUCAGGCGCCUCUAAAAUCUGAUUUUGUUGAGUACACCAAAUUCGCGGCAAUUGUGGAAGAAGCCGUAGCGACCGGGUGUUUGGAAAAAGUUCCUCUUGUGGUUCCCCUACAACAUGUGCCUUCCGAGGCGAGUAGCAGAACGUUCCUGAAUUUUGACGAGCGACAGAAGGUAUCCAUCGCGAUGGAUAAACUGUGCCGAGUGCAGAGUCCAAAUCUGGAGGAGAUUUUCAAAGAUUAUGAUAAAGAGAAUACCGGCACGGUUUCCAAAGGACGCUUAGUCAGAACAUUGUCUGUUAGACGAAUGCUAGAGCUCAUCAAUAACAACGAGUUGGAUGCUGUACACAAAUGUUUCUCCAUUGAGAAAAACGGCCGCUUGGAAUUCAAUUAUCGAGCCUUCUUAUGCGCUUUGCAUCUGUUACAAGAAAACAAAAAGAGUUUGUGCUUAUAAAAAGCGAG